UCUUCCAGCGAAGCAACCACCACCACAUCCUCCAGUGAGGCGACCACCACUAUGUCCUCUAGCGGAGCACCUACAGAAACAUCCGCAUCCACCGAGUCUACCACAGCAUCCGAAGCGACCAGCACUAUGUCCUCUAGCGGAACACCUACAGAAACAUCCGCAUCUACCGAGUCUACCACAGCAUCGUCUUCCAGCGAAGCAACCACCACCACAUCCUCCAGUGAAGCGACUACCUCCACAUCCUCCAGCGAAGCGACCACCACUAUGUCCUCUAGCGGAGCACCUACAGAAACAUCCGCAUCUACGGAGUCUACCACAGCAACGUCUUCCACCGAGGCAACCACCACCACAUCCUCCAGUGAAGCGACCACCACUAUGUCUUCUAGCGGAGCACCUACAGAAACAUCCGCAUCUACCGAGUCUACCACAGCAACCUCUUCCAGCGAGGCAACCACCACCACAUCCUCCAGUGAAGCGACCACCUCCACAUCCUCCAGCGAAGCGACCACCUCCACAUCCUCCACAUCGUCUUCCAGCGAAGCGACCACCACCACAUCCUCCAGUGAAGCGACUACCUCCACAUCCUCCUGGAGCACCUACAGAUACAUCUGCCUCUACCGAAUCUACCACAUUAGCUACCGAGUCUACCACAGCAACUACUACAUCUACCACAUUAGCUACCGAGUCUACCACGGUAUCAACUGCGUCUACCACCGCAUCAACCGCUUCUACCACAGCAUCUUCCUCUACAACCGCUAUGACUUCCAGCAUGUCCACCUCCAUGUCGAGUUCAUCUGUAACGCCUUCGACAGUUCUAACUUCUUCGUCAACAACCCCUGUGACGGUUACUACCAUCUCUUCUUCCUCUGUUACCACAACUCGUCCUACUACGCCUGGCAUUACAGUUUCGAUUCAUACGACUACUGUUAA